GCGCCGGCACCGGAAGUGGAUGCGGCCGGCGGCCGGCGGGCGGCGGCGGCGGGCGGCCGGCUCUGGAGCUGCUUAGCGCUGCCGGGCGGGCGUCGCUGUGGGGGUUGCGGCGCCGCUCAGGCUUGGGCUGGCCCGGCGCGGCCUCCGGCUGCCCAUGGGGCGCGAGGGGCCGGGCCGGUGACGCCGGACGCCCAUGGACGCCCCUGAGGAGCCGCUGCCUCCGGUGAUCUACACCAUGGAGAACAAGCCCAUCGUCACCUGUGCUGGAGAUCAGAAUUUAUUUACCUCCAUUUACCCGACGCUUUCCCAACAGCUUCCAAGAGAACCGAUGGAAUGGAGAAGGUCCUAUGGCCGGGCUCCAAAGAUGAUUCACCUGGAGUCUAACUUUGUUCAGUUCAAAGAGGAGCUGCUGCCCAAAGAAGGGAACAAAGCUCUGCUGACCUUCCCAUUCCUGCACAUUUACUGGACGGAGUGCUGUGAUACUGAAGUUUAUAAAGCUACUGUAAAGGAUGACCUCACCAAGUGGCAGAAUGUUCUGAAAGCAUAUAGUUCCGUGGACUGGUUAAUUGUGGUGGUUGAAAAUGAUGCCAAGAAAAAAAACAAAACCAACAUACUUCCCCGAACUUCCAUUGUGGACAAAAUAAGAAAUGAUUUCUGUAAUAAACAGAGUGACAGGUGUGUCGUGCUCUCCGAUCCCUUGAAGGACUCCUCCCGAACUCAGGAAUCCUGGAAUGCCUUCCUGACCAAACUCAGGACAUUACUUCUUAUGUCUUUUACAAAAAACUUAGGCAAGUUUGAGGAUGACAUGAGAACCUUGAGGGAGAAGAGGACUGAGCCAGGCUGGAGCUUCUGUGAAUAUUUCAUGGUGCAGGAGGAGCUUGCCUUUGUCUUUGAGAUGCUGCAGCAGUUUGAAGAUGCCCUGGUGCAGUACGAUGAACUGGACGCCUUGUUUUCUCAGUAUGUUGUCAACUUUGGUGCUGGGGAUGGUGCGAACUGGCUGACUUUUUUCUGCCAGCCGGUGAAGAGCUGGAAUGGAUUGAUCCUCCGAAAGCCCAUAGAUAUGGAGAAGCGCGAAUUGAUACAGAGGCAAGAAGCCACCCUGUUAGAUCUGCGCAGUUACCUGUUCUCUCGCCAGUGCACCCUGCUCCUCUUCCUGCAGAGGCCGUGGGAGGUGGCUCAGCGCGCCCUAGCUCUGCUGCACAGCUGUGUGCAGGAGCUGAAGCUCCUGGAAGUCUCCGUGCCGCCCGGCGCCCUGGACUGCUGGGUGUUCCUGAGCUGCCUGGAGGUGCUGCAGAGGAUAGAAGGGUGCUGUGACCGGGCGCAGAUAGACUCGAACAUUGCCCACACCGUGGGCUUGUGGAGCUACGCCACGGAGAAGCUGAAGUCCCUGGGCUAUCUGUGUGGACUUGUGUCAGAAAAGGGACCUGACUCAGAGGACCUCAAUAGGACUGUGGAUCUUUUGGCAGGUUUGGGAGCCGAGCGGCCUGAGACAGCCAACACAGCUCAGAGUCCUUAUAAGAAACUCAAAGAAGCAUUAUCAUCAGUAGAAGCUUUUGAAAAGCACUACUUAGACUUGUCUCAUGCCACCAUCGAAAUGUUCACGAGUAUCGGGAGGAUUCGAUCUGCUAAGCUUGUUGGAAAGGAUCUGGCAGAGUUUUACAUGAGGAAGAAGUCUCCUCAGAAGGCAGAGAUGUAUCUUCAGGGAGCCUUGAAAAAUUACCUGGCUGAGGGCUGGGCGCUGCCAAUCACACACACAAGGAAGCAGCUCGCCGAAUGUCAGAAACGCCUUGGACAGAUUGAGAACUACCUUCAGACCAGCAGCCUCCUGGCCAGCGACCAGCACCUGACCACGGACGAGCGGGAGUACUUCUGCAGAGAGAUCCUCAGCUUCGCCAGCCAGCAGAGGGACAGCCCAGGUCACAGGGUCGCCCUCCCUAUGCACUCCUUCGCACAGCUGCGCGAUCUCCGCUUCACCCCUGCCAACGCCGUGGUCCACGUGGGUGGCGUCCUGUCUGUGGAGGUAACCGUGUGCAGUCAGAUGCCCGUGCCCAUCCCCGUGGAGCAGAUCGCCAUCCACGUCCACUUCAGCAUCGAGAAGAACAAUUACCGGAAGACCGCCGAGUGGCUCACCAAGCACAAGAUGGCCAAUGGGGUUGUCAGCUUCCCGGCGGAGGCCUCACCCUUUCCCACAUCCCAGAGCAGCCUCCCCGCGCUGGAGCUCUAUGAGAUGUUUGAGAGGAGUCCUUCCGACAACUCCCUGAACACCACAGGGAUCAUAUGCAAGAACGUCCACAUGCUCCUGCGGAGGCAGGAGAGCGGCACGCCCCUGGAGGCGUCCUCAGGCCUGGCUCUGGAGGACGGGGCCCAUGUGCUGAGGUGUGCCGGCGUGACCCUGCAGCCGGGGCCCAAUACCAUCGUGUUCAGGACGCAGGCCAGGGAGCCGGGAACGUACACGCUGCGGCAGUUGUGCGCCUCGCUGGGCCCCGUGUGGUUUGUGCUUCCUCACAUCUACCCCCUGGUGCAGUACGACGUGUACUCACAGGAGCCACAGCUGCUUGUGGAGCCACUGGCCGAUAGCCUUUUGGCUGGCAUUCCUCAGAAGGUCAAGUUCACUGUCACUACUGGCCAUUAUACAGUAAAAAAUGGGGACAGCCUCCAGCUCAGCAACAUAGACGCUAUGCUUAUCCUGUGUCCUGAGGAGAACAGAGCCGUGAUCUAUUCUAACACAAGAGAAAAGGUUUCCGACGCGCUCCUCCGGGUUCAGUCAUCCGACAAGGUCACCAGCAUCAGUUUGCCGGCUGCACCCACAUACCACCUGAUUGAAUUUGAACUGGAAGUUCUCUCUUUACCUUCGGCUCCAGCAGCAGGAGGGGAGAGCACCCUGCUGGGGGUGACAGAGCCCCACGGGAAGCAUAAGGACUCGCAGAAGACUAGCUACUGCAUGGCUACCAUGGACCACAAAGUGUCCAUUGAUUGCCCAUGGUCCAUCUACUCCACCGUCAUCGCGCUCACGUUCAGCGUGCCCUUCAGGACCACGCACUCCCUGCUGUCAGCCGGGACACGGAAAUACGUUCAAGUAUGUGUCCAGAAUUUGUCAGAACUUGACUUUCAACUGUCAGAUAGUCGUCUUGUAGACACCCAUGAUAGUACUGACCUGCGACUAAUACCGCUAAACACGGAAUCUGAACAGUGCAUCCACAGCAGGCAGGCCGUGUUCUUUGUCUGGGAGCUGAAGUGGACACAGGAGCCUCCCCCGUCUCUGCACUGCCGCUUCUCCAUCGGAUUCUCCCCAGCUUCCGAAGGACAGCUGUCUAUCUCCUUAAAGCCCUAUACCUACGAAUUUCAAGUGGAAAAUUUUUUUACCUUGUACAAAGUGAGAGCAGAGAUAUCGCCGCCUCCGGGCACGGAGCACUGUAGGACGGGCUCACUCUGCUCCCUGGACGUGUCCAUCACGCGGCUUUCGGACCUCCUAGAGGUGGAUAAGGAUGAAGCCCUGACGGAAUCUGACGAGUAUUUUUCAACAAAGCUGAUGUAUGAAGUUGUAGACAACAGCAGCAACUGGGCAGUGUGCGGGAAGAGCUCUGGAGUCAUCUCCAUGCCCGUGACGGCUCAGGCCACGCACCGUGUCCACAUGGAGGUGAUGCCGCUCUUUGCGGGCUACCUGCCGCUCCCCGACGUCAGGCUAUUCAAGUACCUCCCCCACCACUCUGCACAGUCCUCACAGCUGGAUGCGGAUAGCUGGAUAGAAAAUGACAGCCUGUCGGUGGACAAGCACGUGGACGACCAGCUGGACAGCGGCAGUGUCAAGAGCAGGGGCAGUGUGCACUCGGCUGCCAGCAGCGAGCACAAAGGCCUGCCCAUGCCCCGGCUCCGAGCACUGCCCCCUGGCCAGGCCUUCAACUCGAGCGCGGGCACGCAGGUCCUGGUCAUCCCCAGCAAAGACGACCACGUUCUCGAAGUCAGCGUCACAUGACGCACAGGGCUCACACAGUCCCCGGGCUGGGUGUGUGUGCGCCGGAAGGACCCUGACUCGAUGGUAGCCUUCUUGCUCUGCCUGCCUUGUGUGACUCUGCCUGGCCGUGGGAGUGUCAGAGAAGUCCCGUGCUCAGCUGGUGGUUUCCUGUCACCCGGGGUGUCAGAGGCCGUUGACUUUCUCACCCCUGCCCCGUGAUGUCCUCCAGGUUUGCCCAGAGCCCUGCCCCCUCCCUCCUCCUCCCUGCUCCCUGAAGAGCUUUCUAGAGCCCACUUGCCUGAGCAGCCUGUCAUCUGCCAGUUCCUCACCUGAAGCCCAGGUAUCUUUCAGAUGGACACACACAGGCCCUGUGGGCUUGUCAGUGACACGUAUGCCUUUCUGGCUGCUCAGUUUCUGGACCAGGUGGGCUUGUAUGUCUCCUCAGGAGGAAAGCACAGCCCUUUACCCCAGAUCAUCUGGUUGUGCUUUCCUAGAAUAACUCCCUUUCUAGGCAGGGGGGUUGGGGGUGAGGAGGGAAUAAAACCCCUUCUGUGCCUUGGGACGUCAGACUGGGAGGGCCUGGAGCAUCUGACAGCUGGAGCCAUUUUAAAGGUACUUAAAGACUAGACCAGGGCAUAAGAAACAACUCGGCACUGAAAUAAUUUAGGAAUAAACAUUUCUGGAACCCUUUCCCCCCAUGUGGAUUAGGUAUCAUAGGCACUUGGAAUUAAAUAUAUAUUUAUUUUAAUUAUCAUUUUCUAUGUGGGGGUUAAUAUGUUGUGUUUUUCUCUCACCUUUCAAGUCUUUACAUGUAAUUGUUACUGUAUAAUCAGUAUUUUUCUUUUGCACCUUAAGUCUCAGAAAUUAAGAGGUUCCAUUUAAAUGACGAUUAGAGGGGUCUUCUCAGCGUAUUUCUAGUCUGGUUGUAUGAGGGCAAGAGUCUUGGACUAUUCCUCUCUGCUGCCUACUACAUGGCAGUCAUACCAUACAAAUGGGUUAAUUUGCUUUAGGUUGUACAUUUAAUUGUACAUAUGGUUGAUGUAUUAUUUUUAAAAAUACAUACUAACUGAUGUUUAUGUAUAAGUUGCACCAAAAAUCAAGGACAAAAUAAAUGUGUGUUUUGUUUU